GCGGCGCUUGGUUCCCUUUCUAGUGGUGGAUUUUAGUGUUUUGCAUGCGCUAUAAUUAGUUAUGAAUAGAAGGUCAUGUCCACCUGUAUGCUGCGUCCCCGGGAUUGAAAAAUAUCUCAUCGGUUACCGCGAAGGGUUCUUCCAGCCCAUUCUCUCUCCGUAGCGAUGGAGUGGACGACAGAGAAACUCUCUACGAAAUUGCCCAUCUUCCAGCAGCGGGGACCUGAUGUGCCCGUCUGGAGACAAUUCCUCAACUUCGUGGGUUGCGCAUUGAUCCUCCCCGUGUACUACUUUAUCACCGGCUACAGUCGCCAUCCCUUGACCCUCGACAUCUUGAUUAGCAUAUUCGUGGCCGAACUCAACAGAUAUGCCAACGAAGGGCGGCGACGCCGGCUGUACGGUCUCGAUGCGCCGACAAAAGCUAAGGAAGACCCCGAAAAGGCCCUCAUAUCUCCCAUCCCGCAUAUGGGCCCCGAAUGUUUGGCGGUGGUGGUAGGCUACCGCGAAGACCCAGAACUCUUCCGUCGUGCGUUGGACAGCUACAAACAUGCCGACAGUUGUCGGUUCAUUCUAGUCGGCGUGGACGGUGACGACAAACCCGACAUGGAUAUGGUUCGAGUCUUCCAAGAAGCUUAUCCGGAGGACUCAGCCAUCGUUCGGAUCGAGGAACCAUUUGGCGAGAUUGCCAUGCGCACGUACAAGAAAAUCUCCGAUACUUGCUACGAGACUCCGGAGCGCUGUCAGGAGAUGACGAUCGCCCACUGCUGCCAGCUGGCGCGGGAGAUAAUCGACGAACAGGACCUCGGACUGGGUGAACUGGGAGGAGUCAGCCGUCUGUGCUUGUACCAACCGCAUAUGCACAAGAAGGGGAUUAUGUUCACCUCGUUCAUCUUCUCGAUAGUGAUCUCGGACAUUCUCGGCAUCGAAUACAUGUGGUCGUCCGAUUCGGAUACCAUCGUUUUCCCGGAUUCUGUCCGUCGGACGAUUGAGACCAUCGCCGGAGAUCCUACCGCCGGCGGAGGCAGUUCGGGAUUGGUGGUGCACAAUGAAAACGACUCGCUGACGACGAAGCUCGGAAGCGCAGUAUACUGGUGCGAGCUGUACAUGACGAGAUCAACCUCUGCAUGCUCCGGCACAAGCGACUGCCAAAGUGGUCCAAGUACCGCAUUCCGAGUAUCGGCACUGCCCGCAAUCUUAUACCCCUGGUACACACAGACAGUUCUAGGUCGUCGAAUGAUCGUCAACGAAGACCGCCACCUCACCACCAACCUCCUCCUCCGUGGCUGGACAGUAACCUACGUCUCCGACACAUUAACAGCAACCGACACACCCACGACAUUCAGCCGCUGGCUCCUCCAGCAAGUCCGCUGGGGCCGAGCUACUCACAUCGAAACCUUCCAACAGCCAAAAGUCUACCUCCUCAACCACCCCAUCUUCUUCUGGGCCGCUAUGAAAAAAGAAGUCGGCCCGCUCCUCGUCUUCCUCUGCAUCCUCUACUACCUCAUCACUGGCACUCGCUUCGCCUACUUCUCCGCCAACGACGCUUUCCUCCGCGUCGCCUACACAAUCGGCUACAACUGGCUGCGCAACCCAGACCGCGGCCCACGCAACGCCUGGGUCUGGAUCGCCCCCGCCCUGGUCUUCUACAAUAUUCCCCUCCCCAGCAUCCAUCUCUGGAGUAUGUUAACAGUAUUCGAGCGAGGAUGGGGUACCACGAUGCGGUCGAAUGCCGAGUUGUCCAAGCGAGAGCAGUUCUGGAAACGCGCGUAUGAUCUGGGCUUCUUUGUCGUGUGGAUGGGUAUUGUUGGAGGUACCGCGGCACGGAUAGUGUCUGGGUAUGCCGGCUGGGAUGCGGCGGGGACGGCGAAGGCGAUCCUCUUGGGUGUUGUUGUUCCGUCUGCUGUCUCAUUCUACGGGCUGCUGGUUAAGGAAUGAUCCCUUUUCCGGUAUAUAUUUAAUUUAAUAAUAGAUUUAUUUUGGUCGGGAGACCAGUUGAGAUAUAUUCUA